AUGUCGUGGUUGCCCUCUGUGCCCUACCAUGUCCCUCCACCAGGGCAGGGAUACUGGGCACCAAUCACUUCUACGCUCGACUGGUGUGAAGAGAACUACUAUGCCACACACUACGUUGCAGAGAUCGUCAACACCCUGACCAAUGUGUUCUUCAUGUGGCUGGCAUUAAAGGGCACAUACAACUGCUAUCAGCACGGCCACGAUCGCAUCUUCCUCAUCACCUUCUUCGGCUUCUUUCUCGUGGGUGCUGGAAGCUUUGCGUUCCACGCCACGCUCAAAUAUCCGAUGCAGCUCGUGGAUGAGCUCUCCAUGAUAUACUCCACCCUUCUUAUGCUCUGGGCGUCGCUAUCCCACGAGCGCGCUCCAUUGACCCAAUUUCUGAUCGGCGUCUUCAAUCUUGCACUCGCGGUCUUCAUCACCGGAUACUACCAUUACCUUCAGGAUCCCACUUUUCAUCAGAACGCGUAUGCUCUUCUGACCGCCAUCGUGUUGAUUCGAAGCAUGUAUAUCAUGGAGGUCCACCUGCGCCCCUACCAUCGGAGAGGGGAAGCGCGAAAAGGCGUGAGCAAGGCAGAGAUGGAGAGACAAGAUGCGAGAGACAAACGCAUCCUGAGAACCAUGUGGACGAUGAUCCCUUGUGGUCUCGGAAUCUUUCUGGGCGGCUUCUUCAUCUGGACGCUCGACAAUGUGUACUGCAGCAAGAUCAGAGCAUGGAGACACCAGAUGGGCCUUCCUUGGGGAAUCUUGCUGGAAGGUCACGGUUGGUGGCAUCUCAUGACCGGCACCGGCGCGUAUUAUUACAUGGUCUGGGGCAUCUGGCUUCGACAUUGUUUGAAUGGGCGGCAGGACGAGUUCGAGUUGAUCUGGCCGAGUCUGUGGACUUCACUGCCGCGAGUCGAACGUCGUACGUCUAUCGGCAAUGGAAGAGUGAAGAAGAUCGAGUAG